AUGACGGAAUCACUCUUCCUUCGUCUGCCCCCGGAGCUCCGCCUCCAAAUCUACUCGUACAUCCUCGACAUCCCAACCCCCUACACAACCCUAACACAGCACAACAAGCCGCUCAUCGUCAUCAGCGACACGGGCAACAAGUACACCACCCGCGCCAUCUACCGCUCCCUCCACAUCAGUCCCAAAUGGGUGGGCAUCAGCGACAACGGCAACAAAAACAGGACGCUCGCCCUGCUCUCCGUGAACCGCCAGAUCCACGCGGAGGUCGAGCACUUCCUGUAUACGUCCCACACGCUCUUCUUCCUCAAUGGCUUUGACCUCGACCAUCUAGGCGAGUUUCUGGAUACGCUUAGUCCGACGGCGAGACGGUGUAUCCGCUCUAUUGGGUUUGAGGUGUACCUCUUCGUGCAUAAUAGCCCUGGGUCCGCGAAACGCGGGUUCAGGCAGUAUGAACGUGCUGCGAAGGUUGUGCGUGAGAAGUUGCCGAAUCUGAAGGGUGUCGUGUUUUAUCUGGACCCGUGGUUUUCGGCUUGCUGUGAUGGGGGCUUGGGGCCUUGGUGUGAUGAGACGACUAUGAUUGCCCGGGGCGUGGGCUUUCUACUUAGGGUUUUUGGCGGCGUUGAGCAUGCGUCUCAAAACAGUUCGAGGACGAAGGGAGGGUUCGAGAUGGACCUCGACUUUCUGCCUGCGAGUGCGACGGGCAAGGUUCCGGGUUUGGAUCGGGGCCAUCUUCGUGCGAAGAACUUGAGGUGA